AUGUCCGCACUAGCCUCAGCGCUGCUGACACUCACACCAUCGCGCUUCACGGACCUUGUGCACAGUCUUGUGCGUGUUCACUUCUCUAUGCAGCCCCCGUCUACAGGGAUUCAGGCGAAGACGCCUUCUUCGUAUGAGGCCGCUGAGGUGCUCACUUCGCUGCUCGCCGUUUCACGACUCGAACACUACAUGAGGGACCCGUCUAUUGCGCCGCUUCAGUUAUCGGAAGAGACGCUGGCCGCUUCGGCUGACGAUGUUGUCAGUCUUCACUCGCUGUCCAUUCUCGCCUCUGCGCUCGAGGCAAGCGUAGUUGCCUUUUCCAGCACCAACGUGGCAUUGGUACAGGAAGCCAGCACUGCGAUACCUGGACAAGCAGGGCGCAAUGUGCACGAGCGGAAGGAAGAUGGUCAGCACAUGUCGCAGGCAGGGGUAGAGGCGUCGGCGUGGCGCGGCGAGAAGGUAGUUGCGUACAGCAGUCUUCUUAUCCAACUCGUACACGCUUUCACUGAAUGCCUCGCUGUUCUGACCGAGUCAUCUUUUUCCGGGUCGCGUGCAAGCUUUGCUCGAAUGGAUCUGCUAUUACUUGCUGUGUUCUCACUGAUGAAGGUUGCAGACGUGUGCGCCUACAAGGCAGGGAGGUCGUCACCAGGCGACGGCGCCACGGCUGCGUGUGUAGACAGGUUCAGUGCAGAAAAUGUGGCGGAGCAGCUGCAGCGCUUGUGUCUUCAACUGAGUGUAGUGUGCCAUCGUCUAUCUUCGUCGAUGGUGAUGACGUGGACGACUUCUGAGAGGAAACUGGAUCAUUUUCGUGGCAUCCCCUUCCUCUGGUUUGUCGUGAGGCAGGCAACGCAGCUCCGGAUGCAGAUGCAGGUGCUAAGCACCGCGCCACCGUUCGCCGGGUGUGUGGCGGCUCUGCAAAACCUCAUUUUCAUCUAUUACGUUUCCAUUCUGCGGUGCGUUAUUGCCGCGGAAAGCGCAUCAAUGAAUGCUCAUUGUAGCGAUGUGACCCCACGCGUCGACGAGAGAGGGACGGCAAGAGCGGUAGAGACGAGCGCACAGCCGGACGGCAGGGCAGCUGCCUCAGCGUGUUUGACGGGAGCCGAGAAGGUGCAACUGGCAAAGCACGUGGAGUUGCUCUGGGCGGACAUGAAGCCAAAACCAGUGAUCUCCCCCGCAGAGCUAAGUGAUUUGCAACAUCGCACCGUGCACACCGCUCUGAAUGUCAGUUUAGCAACGUGGUGGAAGUCCGCUGCUGCUACUGCGGCAUCUGCGUUCCCCUCAACGUCUUACUGGAGUCAGAGGCCACAGCAUAUGGCCACUCUCCUAGGCAGCUACAACUCCCUUUUGGCGGAGUGCAGGGCGGCUCUUCCAGUCCUCUCCGCCUACAGUGCCGCUCAAACGGCUGCGCUGCCUUCGGAGACCGCAACAGCGUCAUCUGUGUCGUCCAGUCUUUCGUGGUUUGUGCCGUUUCAUAGUCGUCUUAUCCGUGUUGGGCUGGACCUACAAGUGGAGGCAACCGUCUUAGCCGCACUUCAUCUUGGGAUUGAGCCACGCGCACCUCCCACCCCGGCCACCCCAAUCGCAAAGUGGAUUGCGUCACGCCAUAGACAGCGCCUUCGACGCCGCGGUGCAUCUGGCGGUGCCGAAAGUAAAGUGAUGCCAAAUGAGGCUGCUGGUGCUGGCGCAUCGUGGGGGCGUGUGUACCGGUUAUGCGGCGGUGUGCGUGUUGCCGCAACGGAGCUUCUCUACAGCGCCAUUGAAGAAGUUUGCUGUCGCGUGGAAGAGAGGCCACUCUCGAAGGCGACCAGCAGUUCUUUGAGCCCUCCACUACACCCAUCAGCGUCGCGGCGGCCUUCUUUGUCUUCCACCACAUGUGCCAACAGCGGUGGCAUGGGCAGUACCUCCGCUCUGGCUGUGGCGCUCGUGAACUCUGUCUCCCGCACAUUUUUUGCAGUGCCGCGAAUGCAGUACCUUUUCGGAUACUAUACGGACGCUACAUACACCGACCGGGCUGCCGAGGAGGAGUGCCGCCGAGUGUAUGCUGCGUGCCUCGGCGUGCUGGUAUGGCUGCGUGAGCUGGCGCCCCCCUUUGGCGUCCGUGCCGGUGAGCCUCCGGUGGCGCGAUUGGUGCCGCCCUCUUCGGACGUUGUUCGCGCCGCUGCUGGGUGUCACGAGCCUCGUGCGGAAGACUGGCCGGUCUGCGGCACCACAUCGGCCAUCGCUAUGGAUGGCGCCUUUUUUGUUACCUACUACCUCUACCACUGGCCGGGAGAAACAGGGCGCCACGCUGGCGUGUCCUCUGCCCAUGGCCCCCAGGCUGAGCGGACAGCGCAUGACGUCGCGCUGUCCUUCGACGGUGUGUUAAGUGGGGUGCCAGGCCCCUCUAUUAGCCCGCUUCUCACUGGUGCCACAGCGGUGGAGUACACGAAGGAGAUGCUCUUCCGGCUACAGCACGACACGGCACGUCAGCUGCGGCACCUGCGCGCGACAGGCCGUCUCCACUACUUCACUGGGGAGCUGCAGGACAAGACAAAGCUUCUCAAGGACUCGACUCUGCGUCAGCGCCACGUCACCUCGACGCUGUCUGUGGUUCAGGCUCACCGCAAGCAGCCAACGCUGUUGUGGAUGCCUUUGGGUCAAGCCCAGGAGAUGGUGUUUCUAUUCGAUCAAUACCCGCAGCUCUUUCGGUGCAUUGACCCCGCACCCAGCCACGGCAUUCGCGGUAUCGCCAACGAGGAAAGCGAUGGCGCAGUGAUGCCGCCUGAUGGAUUACGUGAGUACCCGAAAGUGCAUGUGGGUGACAUCACAUGUACGUUUGCACGCGUGCAUGGGUACCUUGUGAAGCGCCUGCACGUCUUGAGCGGCAUCCUGCGCGAGUACCGGAGCAUCCUGCUGGAGUCAUCCCUGCACGGCGCAAUCGACUCGCAUACCAUCAGCCAUGGGCCUUCUGCUUCAGUAGUGGCACCCAUGACGUCCUCUUUCCGAGGUCGGCUGCUGGACAACGCCACGCACUCCCCGCAACUGGAGAUGCAUCGCCGCAAUAAUUACGAAUGGGCCCAUGUGUGGGCGGUGCAGCUGCAUGAGGAGUUCCCUCGGCUUCCGGCACGGAUGGAGGGUGCGCUGCGGUGGUCUAGUGGCGUCAUGCAGAUGCUGGAGAGGAUGGAAAGGACCAUGAACGACACACACCAGCAGGGUCUAUUUAUCAACGUGGUUAAGUCACAGCAGCAGUACCGCGAACUGCAGCGUGCGCGCUCGGCGUCACCUUUGCCACUGCCUGCCGAGGAGGCCGUUUUAGUGGAUCGAACGAAAGGCACCAGCAUUGAGGGGCCGCAGGUGCGCGACGUAGUAGUGCAGCGGGAUUCGGAGCGUGUCCCACUCGGCGUGGUUCUCGACGGCGACGCGAAGAUUUUGCGUGUGCAGACGAUGGUGACUAGACCAUCAGGAGUGGCUGAUAACAGUGAUGAGGCCGAAGGGGAUAUGCUCGUAUCCCCCUUUGCCCGUGCACUAGCGCAGCAGCAGCAGGAGGGGCAACGCCUGCCUGGCGUAUCGUACCGCGUCGGCAGUUUUGCGGAUGUCGUGGGCUGGCGUGUUUUGCGAGUGGAUGGAACUGCUGUGUACACAGGCCGUGAUGUGGCUGCGCAGGUGCGAGGCAAAACUGAGUUCACUGUCACGCUGCAAUCCUUCUUAGGAGCCCAGUAA